UCAGUGAGGUCAGUGUGUAUAUUCAGAGCCAACACUGAGUGUGUGAAGUUGUUACUGAAGAAGAGAUGAAGACGCUGCACUUGGCUCUGAUUCUGCUCGUGCUGUCCGGUGUUCUCACUCAGGACAGAUGGAGUGUGAAAUAUCCUGAUAAACCGAUCUGUGCUGUGAGAGGAUUCAGUGUCUCCAUUCCCUGUAGUUAUUCUUAUCCACAAAAUCAUCAGGUGGAACAAAAGCUUUGGUGCUCGAUGAACUCAAACACAGAUUUCUGUUAUAAACCACCGUAUGUUUAUAACAGCUCAUCAAACACCAAGUCAGACUUUGAGUUCACUGGAGACGACAAAUCAGACUGCACUUUGUUAAUCCACAAUGUACAGUUCAGUUAUUCUGGAGAGUACAGAUUCAGAUUUAUAACUAAUGGGGACAGAUGGACAGGUGAUCCUGGAGUGACUCUACAAGUUACAGAUUUAAAGGUGUCACUAAUCAGGCUCAGUGGAAACGGAACCCUUAAACAAGGAGACUCGUUAAAUCUGAGGUGUGAUGUGAACUGUACACACACUUCCUCACAGUUUGUGUGGUCUAAGAACAACCAGCCCUUAAAUACAUCAGGACCUGUUCUUCACUUUCCUGCUGUAACCGUGAGGGAUUCUGGGAAUUACACCUGCACUUGGGAAACCAACGUCACAUCAGGAUCUGAAACCAUCAGCCUUCAUGUCGAGGGUGACGCCCCUGAAAAUCCUGAACAUUGGUUAAUCUGGGUCAUUGUUUUGGUGAUUGCCGGAGUGAGUGUCCUCGUCUCAGUAGCUGUGAUUCACAACAGGAGGAGGAAAUUUAAAGCUCCAGAAGAAAUCGUGGGGGAAAGUGGAGAGAAAACACGGACAAAGCCACAGUUCAGCUCUCACGUUUCUCAUCUUACUGAUGAAGAAAUGUUGAACAAGGAGGAAGUGACUUACUCGUCUGUCCAAAAACAAGCAGCAACCGAAGGUUCACAGCUAAACCGAGACCCUCAGCCUGAUGAAGAAGAUGAAGAAGAUAAAGGAGGAGUGAUUUAUGCUCCUGUGUGGAUCAAACCCAACAAAGGAACCAAACAGUGUGGUCACACUGAGCAGCAGGAGGAGAACGAUCCUGUAAUCUACAGCAGUGUGAAAAUAACCUGA